GUUCACCGUUCGACAUCGUCCAUUCCAACAUGGCAUCACGUCCCACCGUUCAGGUCAGGGGUGCUGAGGGCUCUAGCUCCCUCCCCCUUCCCGCCGUUUUCACCGCACCGAUCCGUCUCGAUGUCGUCCAGCAGGUGCACAAGAGCAUCGCUAAAAACCGCCGCCAGGCGUACGCCGUAAACGUCAAGGCCGGCCACCAGACCUCCGCCGAGUCCUGGGGUACCGGUCGUGCUGUCGCCCGUAUUCCCCGUGUAGGCGGUGGAGGAACGCACCGUUCAGGCCAAGCCGCGUUCGGCAACAUGUGCCGUGGCGGUCGCAUGUUCGCCCCGACAAAGACUUGGCGCCGCUGGCACGUAAAGGUCAACCAGAACCAGCGCCGGUUCGCUGUCGUCUCUGCUCUUGCUGCUUCUGCUCUCCCUGGACUCGUCCUCGCUCGUGGGCACAGGAUCGAGGAGAUUGACGAGGUUCCCCUGGUCAUCCCCUCCUCUGCUGAGGGGUUCAAGAAGACGAAGGAGGCUGUUGAGCUGCUCAAGAGCCUGAACGCGUACACCGACGUCGUCAAGGUGUCCAACUCGCGCAAGCUCCGCGCCGGCAGGGGGAAGAUGCGCAACCGCCGUCAUCGCCAGCGCCGUGGCCCGCUCAUCGUCUACAACGAGGAUAACGGGAUCGUCAAGGCCUUCCGCAACUUGCCCGGUGUGGAGAUCGCCAACGUGCGCAGGCUCAACCUGCUCCAGCUCGCCCCAGGUGGGCAUCUGGGCCGCUUCAUCAUUUGGACCGAGGGUGCAUUUGCCCUCCUCGACGAGGUCUUCGGUACCCAGGACAAGGCCGCCUUGUUGAAGAAAGACUACUACCUGCCCACUGCGAAGAUCUCUAACCCCGACGUGACCAGGCUCAUCAACAGCUCCGAGAUCCAGGCCGUCGUUCGCCCUGCUGGGGAGAAGAUUCAGCGCCGCCCCUGGACGCAGCGCAAGAAUCCGCUUGUCAACCGUGCUGUCCUCUACCGGCUCAACCCCUACGCUAAGGUGCUCAGAAAGGAGGAGGCAGCGAGGCAGAACAAGCAGGGGCAUGUGCACAAGUCUGUCCCGGCUAAGGCACACGAGGCUGGCGAGCAGUUCAUGAACAUCCUCUUCUCUGCUUGAGUGGGCUGUGGUCGUCAUUUUGUCAGGUGUAUGCGUCCAUAGGAAUAUGAGUUAUGCAUGCAUG